UUAACAGGAGUUAGGGCGGAGAAGUCCACCUGUGCGCAUGUGCCCACUCUGAUCCUGAUGGGAGUUGUAGUUCUGCGGGUGAGGCGCAGGGAGGAAACCCAACUGCGAUCCCCGCCCACCUCUUCCCUGCGGGAGGAAGCGGGCCCAGCGCCCCGAGACCGGGCGGCCAGCUUCUCUCUGCGAUGCUGCUGCUGUGCGUGUCGGUGGUCGCAGCCUCGGCGCUGGCAGCACCAGCUCCCGGGACUAGCGGGAAGGGGCAGGGAGCUGCUCGGGAGCGGCCCGAUGCGCCUAACGUAGUGUUAGUGGUGAGCGACUCCUUCGAUGGAAGGCUGACGUUUUAUCCAGGAAGUCAGGUAGUGAAACUUCCUUUUAUCAACUUCAUGAAAGCACAUGGCACUUCCUUUUUGAAUGCCUACACCAAUUCUCCAAUCUGUUGCCCAUCACGUGCAGCAAUGUGGAGUGGCCUCUUCACUCACUUAACGGAAUCUUGGAAUAACUUUAAGGGCCUAGAUCCAAAUUAUACAACAUGGAUGGAUAUCAUGGAGAAGCAUGGGUACCAAACACAAAAAUUUGGAAAAUUGGACUAUACUUCAGGACAUCAUUCCAUUAGCAAUCGUGUGGAGGCAUGGACAAGAGAUGUUCCUUUUUUACUCAGACAAGAAGGCAGACCUAUGGUUAAUCUUAUCCCUAACAAGACUAAAGUAAGAGUAAUGGAAGGGGACUGGAAGACUACAGACACAGCAGUAAACUGGUUAAGAAAAGAAGCAGUUAAUCACACUCAACCAUUUGUCCUAUAUUUGGGAUUAAAUUUACCACACCCUUAUCCUUCACCAUCUUCAGGAGAGAAUUUUGGAUCUUCAACAUUUCACACAUCUCUUUAUUGGCUUAAAAAAGUGUCUUAUGAUGCCAUCAAAAUCCCAAAGUGGUCGCCUCUGUCAGAAAUGCACCCUAUAGAUUAUUACUCUUCUUACACAAAAAACUGCACUGGAAAGUUUACAGAAAGAGAAAUUAAGAAUAUUAGAGCAUUUUAUUACUCUAUGUGUGCUGAGACUGAUGCCAUGCUUGGUGAAAUUAUUUUGGCUCUUCGCCAGUUAGAUCUUCUUGAGAAAACUAUUGUCAUAUACACCUCAGACCAUGGAGAGCUGGCCAUGGAACAUCGGCAGUUUUAUAAAAUGAGUAUGUACGAAGCUAGUGCCCACGUUCCACUCUUAAUAAUGGGACCGGGAAUUGAGGCCAACCUACAAGUAUCAGAUGUGGUUUCUCUUGUGGAUAUUUACCCUACUAUGCUUGACAUUGCUGGGAUUCCUCUGCCUCAGAACCUAAGUGGAUACUCUUUGUUGCCAUUAUCAUCAGAAAUGUUUGAGAAUAAAUAUAAAUUAAAAAACCUACAUCCACCCUGGAUUCUGAGUGAAUUCCAUGGAUGCAAUGUGAAUGCGUCCACCUACAUGCUUCGAACUAACCAGUGGAAGUAUAUAGCCUACUCUGACGGUGCUUCAGUAUCUCCUCAACUCUUCGAUAUUUCCUCAGAUCCAGAUGAACUAACAAAUAUUGCUACAAAGUUUCCAAAAAUUACUUAUUCUUUGGAUCAAAAGCUUCGUUCCAUUAUAAACUACCCUAAAGUUUCUGCUUCUGUCCACCAAUACAAUAAAGAGCAGUUUAUCAAGUGGAAACAAAGUGUAGGGCAAAACUAUUCAAAUGUUAUAGCAAAUCUUAGGUGGCAUCAAGACUGGCUGAAAGAACCGAGGAAGUAUGAAAGUGCAAUUGAUCAGUGGCUUAAAACCCAUACUCCUCCAAAAAAAAUCUCAACAAAAAUAAGAAAAUAAUGUUCUGGAGCUAUAUAGAAAUAUUAAAAGAUAAUGAUUAAUUAUGUGUUUUAUAUGUUAGUUUUAAAUGUAAACCUUUAUUACAGGUAUUUUUACUUUUAAAGAAUGCAUAUUAUUUUAAAUAAAAAAUCAUUAUAGAAUUAUAUAUUUUCAAAAAUGAUUACUAUUAACAUCUCAUUCUUAGCAACUUCUUACAACUUAAUGGAAGUAUUUAAAGGAUAAAAUCAGCCUAACCAGUUUGGCUGAGUGGAUAGAGCGUCGGCCUGCCGACUGAAGUGUCACAGGUUCGAUUCUAGUCAAGGGCAUGUACCUUGGUUUCAGGCACAUCC